AUGGCAAUAGUAAACGGCUGCCUCUCUGUGACCUGCACUGCGUCGCCCGCUUCACAAGACUUUCCAAAUUCUUCAUCACAGUCUAGACCGCCGACGAAAAUCAUUCUCCCCAACAGAAAACCUUUGAAAUGGUCCACUGGGGUGGCCCCGGGGAAUUACGGUGGCCCACCCGCCACUUCCAAGCUCAGAAAAUAUUGGGGUGGAGACGAGGACCCUCUUGCCUCCGAUGACUACUUGUGGAAUAGAGAUUUCAUGGGUCGCAUGAAAAGGCUUAUUCAAGCCCCUGACGAUGCUCAGGAUUCGUCCUCCGACUCAUCUUCUUCUAAGGAGGAGCCUUCUGGGUUUCUUAAUUUGAAUCGAGUCAUGAACUUGGACAGUUUGGAUAUUGACUUGAGUAAAGAGCUCAAAGCAACGUCAGCCACAGUAGUGGAACUCGAAGCUGAGGAACAAACUGUUAGAGGUCCUGGUAGAAGAUGGAGAGCGGCCCCCACACGUCGUGAGCAAGAGAAGUGGGGUAGAGCUACCAAGGCCGCAACUGGUGGCAGUGAUGUCAUGCUUCGGGAAUCGAGACGCUCUAGGGGGGACCCUCAAGUAUUGGCGGCUCAGUCUAGGGAACAGUACUAUAAGUUGAAAAACAAAUUGCAAGCACUUACACUGGCAAUUGGUGGUUUUGGAGUUCUUUCGUCCUACUUUGCGUAUACGCCAGAAAUCGCAGCAAGCUAUGGUGCUGGCUUGCUUGGUUCAGUGGCAUAUAUGAGAAUGCUUGGGAACACUGUAGAUUCCAUAGCAGAUGGAGCAAAAGGACUUGUCAAGGGAGCAAUUGGACAGCCAAGGAUAUUGAUUCCUGUUGUCUUGGUGAUGUUAUAUAAUCGUUGGAACGGGAUUUUAGUUCCGGACUAUGGGUUUAUGCACCUUGAAUUGAUUCCAAUGCUUGUGGGUUUCUUCACGUACAAGAUUGCCACUUUGAUGCAAGCGAUUGAGGACACGUUUAAUGCAGCUGGUGGGCAAAACCAACCUCCUCUUAGCUGCAGCUUCGUUGACUUCGUGGAGGCGACCCUCCCAGCGCAGUCCUCACCGCCUGGCCUGUUCUGCCUCUUGAGUCGAUUUAGCUUGCCCUCCUUGGGUAAGCACGUUGGCUAUAAUGGUGGCUUAUCUUUUUGCGGGGUGAGGGGCGCGGUUGCGUGCUCGGGUUCGGUGGCCUUUGCCUCCUGUCCUCCUCCGUCUCCUGAGGCUGAGACAGGGGGUCUGAUUUGGGAAGUUGUCUUCGGCUCUCGUCUCCCUAAUGACUCAGAUUUUGGGCUGCUCCUCCGGCAUGCUAGCAGUUAUGGUUGUCGAGUGGUCCCAUCCCUUGUGCGGAUGCCAUGGGCGUAUUCGGGGCUUGGUUCUGGUCUCUCGGAGUUUUCGGUGGUGGUGGUAGUUCGGGGGAGGCCUCAGUUUCGUCGGUCUGGGUCGAGUAAGCCAUAUGGGGAGUUUCUCGACCCUUGUGUUUUUGGGCUGGGGGUUGGAGCCUCUUCAGUUCUCCGCUUUGGAGUCGGUGGGUGGCGAAGGUUCUGGGUGCUUGUUCGGUUGGAGGGGAGGGCGUGUUUCUAG